GUUGUUUAGUUUCUGAGCCUUUUCUAUACCUAUCCCUAUCCGUGGCGGGGCGGGGCGGCGUUCGUCCCACACGGGAUGAACGGAGACCCAGUCCAGCAAAGUAAUUAUCAGGUAUCGUCGUUGAAGAGUGAAGGGGAGAAGAGAGAGGGAAGAGAGAACAUGACCCAUGGUUAUUGUAUAAAGAUGGAGUUUCCCAACCCCAACCAGCGAGGUGCCUUGCUAUCGAGUUCGUACAAGCAUCGACGCAACGGUGUCCCAGUCAGUCUUUCUUUAUACUGGUGAUCUACUUAUGAUAUUUACACUCUUUUCACCCUUGUUCGGAUCUUGAUCACUCGCUAGCUUAUUACUCACCAUGUCUUCCCUCGCCAGUCUCUGCACGGUGUCCAACGUGCAGGCGGCUCUGCCCGCAAACGGGACCAUCCUGGGCGUGGACCUGCUCCCGUCGACCGUCACCGCCAACGCCGUCUACAAUGCCUCUACCAGUACCAGUGUGGGCUUCAGGAAGCGUGAUACCGGCGAUUCCUACUGCAAUGUCACCGUCUCGUACACCCACACCGGCCGUGGCGACAAUGUGGUGCUCUGGUAUACCCUGCCGUCCCCUGACGCCUUCGAGAACCGCUUCUACAUUGCCGGUGGCGGAGGUUACACCAUCAGCACCUCGGACCCCACUGGAGGUCUGACAUAUGGCGCCGUAUCUGGCAGCACCGAUGUUGGCUAUGGAGGCUUCGACAGCGUCAGCCUGGACGAGGUGGUCCUCUACGGCAACGGAACGCUGAAUUGGGAUAACAUCAUCAUGUUUUCCUACAAGGCGCUGGGCGAGACCGCGCUGGUCGGCAAGGAGCUCACCAAGGGCUUCUAUGGGCUGGAGGACUCGGCCAAGGUGUACACUUACUUUGAGGGAUGCUCCGACGGUGGUCGUGAGGCUAUGUCUCAGGCCCAGCGCUACGGUGAUGUCUACGAUGGUAUCGUCGCCGGUGCUCCUGCUUUCCACCACGCUCAACAACAAGUUAACCACCUCACCUCGGUCGUGACGGAGGUGGUCACUGACUACAUUGCCCCUCCCUGCGAGAUGGAGAAGAUUGCCAACGCCACCAUCGAGGCCUGCGAUCCUCUGGAUGGACGUACUGACGGCGUCGUCUCCCGUACCGACCUGUGCCGCCUGAACUUCGAUCUCACCACUAUCAUUGGCGAGUCGUACUACUGUGCCGCCGAGACUGCCUCGACCCUCGGCUAUGGCUUCAGCAAGCGCCAGGCCGGAGCGUCCACCUCCAGCUACCAGCCUGCCCAGAACGGAACCGUCUCUGCUGAGGGUGUCGCCCUGGCCCAGAGGCUCUACGAUGGCCUGCUGAACUCCAAGGGCGAGCAGGUGUUCUACGGCUGGCAGACCGCUUCUGCCUUUGACGAUGCCGCCCCUACCUGGGACAAUGACACCGAGACCUGGGAGGUCUCGUCCCCCUCGACUGGUGGUGUGUUUGUCACCAAGUUCGUCGAGGAGGUUGACAUUGACAACCUGGCCUCCGUCUCCAACGUGACCUACGACGACCUCUACAACUGGAUGUGGAUCGGCUACCAGCGCUUUUACGACAAUCUCCAGACCGGCUACGCCGACCUGACUCCUCUCCAGUCCAACGGCGGCAAGCUGCUCCACUUCCACGGCGAGUCGGACCCGUCCGUCCCUCCUCCUUCCUCAAUCCGCUACCACGAGGCCGUCCGCAGUGCCAUGUACCCAGACUCGAGCCCCGACAACGCCACCGACCUGGCCGAGUGGUACCAGUUCUACCUCAUCCCCGGCGCGGCCCACUGCGGCACCAACACCCUGCAGCCCGGUCCUUACCCCGAGGACAACAUGCAGACCAUGAUCGACUGGGUUGAGAGCGGCAUCCAGCCCAAGACCCUCAACGCCACCGUCGCCUCGGGUGCCUACGAGGGUGAGGUCCAGCAGCUGUGCCAGUGGCCUACCCGCCCCCUGUGGGCUUCCAACGACUCGUCCACCUUCACCUGCUCCUACGACGAGGCCUCAUAUGAGUCCUGGACCUGGGACCUCAACGCCUGGAAGAUUCCUAUCUACUAAGCGUCUUCUUUUUCGUUUUGCUCUUCCUCAUGAACCGCAGCCAACAAGUACACAGGUGACGGUGCUAAGGAACUUAGGUUGUUGAGAUCUAAAUGGGUGGAGGAGGCGAACAACCAAGGGCUGGAUUGCCCGUUUUCUCCUGUAUAUGCACAUAGCUUCUCGAGUCUAUACCGCUCAUGUAAAAAUGAAACAAAAGGGAUGCCUUCUUGCAC